CGAUAGUGAUGUAAUCAUGUCUAAAAUGUCAAGAUGAAGUAUCAUAGAGUUCAUAGUGAUACUUUGCUCCCAGUAACACCUAUCCAACAGCUAAUAUCAUCCUGUUCUGGUGCCAUACUUACAUCUCUACUCACAACUCCGUUCGACGUGGUAAAGGUCCGUCUCCAGCGCCAGCAGUCGACCCUCAAGCCAUGUUACAUUCUUGAUUGUCGAGCUGCACUGGACGGCGUGUGUAUAUGUACAUAUGAAAGCCCUUACCCUCAUCUCCCUCCUUAUAGCCCAGUCCACAGAUACACUGGCACUUUGGAUGCAUUUGUCAAAUUAGCACGGACUGAAGGUGUGGGCUCAUGGUGGAAGGGCCUCUCCCCUACUCUGCUAAUGGCCGUACCACUGACUGUCAUAUACUACACGUUAUACGACCAGUUGAAGGUAAGGCUUGGCUUUGAUCCUAAUGAGCGUAACUUUGCAGCACCUUUGGUAUCGGGUGUGGUAUCUAGAACUGUUGCCGUGACUGCUGUUUGUCCUAUUGAGUUAGUCCGAACUAAACUUCAGUCUAGAACUGGUGUGAACAUCAGCGAAGUACUAUCAGUUGUCAGAACUGUUACCGCUCAGAAUGGGGUCCUGAGCAUGUGGCGUGGGCUGAGCCCCAUGCUUCUAAGAGACGUCCCGUUCUCGGUCAUAUACUGGCUCGGAUACGAAGACUUGAAACGAAACUUUACCAACAGGUCCUUGUUCUAUCAACCCCUUGUACCAUUUAUAGCCGGCAGCAUAGCAGGAACAUUUGCAGCUAUAGUAACAACGCCUUUAGACGUUGUAAAGACACACAUGCAAGCCGAAUUGGGUGAGCCAGAAGUAGGGAACAAGCUAGGGGUUGGAUCCAUGAGUAGAGUGAUGAGAACCAUUCUACAGGAGUAUGGUGCUCCAGGGCUGUUUGCUGGACUUAUACCUCGUGUAGCUAAGGUUGCCCCCGCCUGUGCCAUCAUGAUAGGGACUUACGAAACUUGCAAAGACUUCUUUUCAGAAUAUAACGCAUCACAUUAAUGUCAUUUAUAAUUCUUAGUACCAUUAUCAAAUGUACAUGUUUGUUAAGGAGAGACAAUUCCUUUGUAUCUAUAAUAAUAA